AUGGCGCAAUCUAAAGUCGACGCGAGCCCGGUUGAGUCCGUUGGCGCGAAUGUGCCCGACGAGACCGAAAAGGGCUAUGAGGUGCAGCACGUCAACCUCAACGCAAACGUUACGGCACAAAUCGAAAACCCUCUCGCCCACAUUCCCCGUUCUGUGCUCUUGUCCAAUGUCGACAAAUUUGCCGUGGAAAAGAACUUGACCGAGUACACCCAUCUGCUGAAGAAGGGUGCCUUGGUGGCUCAAGACCCUGCUAGCUACGAGGCCAUUUCCGGGGAGUUCGCCUUGACUGAUACCGAACUCAACGUUCUGCGCCGAGAGGUCACGCACAAAUGGAGUCACCCUGGAAUGCUGUACUUUACCAUCAUCCUUUGUUCAAUUGGUGCCGCUGUCCAGGGCUGGGAUCAAACAGGCUCAAACGGUGCAAACCUGAGCUUUCCUGAAGUCUUUGGUAUCGGCGGAGACAGCAACCGCGACCAGCUCCUAGUUGGCCUAGUCAAUUCGGCGCCGUACCUUGGGACGGCAUUUAUCGGCUGUUGGGUCUCCGAUCCACUGAACAACUAUAUUGGUCGUCGUGGUACCAUCUUCAUCUCCGCCAUCUUCUGUCUCCUCCCUGUCAUCGGUUCCGCCUUCACCCAGACAUGGGGACAGCUUUUUGCUUGCCGUAUUCUCCUGGGAAUUGGCAUGGGCGCCAAAGCCUCGACAAUCCCCAUUUUUGCCGCCGAAAACUCUCCAGCCACCAUUCGAGGUGCUUUAGUCAUGUCGUGGCAGCUGUGGACAGCCUUUGGCAUUUUUCUCGGCUAUACCGCUAACUUGGUCGUUGCUCACGUCGGCACGAUUGCAUGGAGGCUGCAGCUUGGCUCCGCUAUGAUCCCGGCUAUUCCGCUGCUUUUUGGUGUUUACUUCUGCCCCGAGUCCCCACGUUGGUUGAUGAAGAAGAACAAAUACCCUCAAGCGAUGCAGUCUCUCCUCCGGCUUCGGUUCGAACCUAUCCAGGCUGCGCGAGAUCUGUACUCCAUCCACAGUCAGCUCGAACUGGAAUCCGAGAUUAUUGGAAAUAACAACUACUUUUCCAGAUUCAGCCAACUAUUCACCAUUCCUCGUGUUCGACGUGCCACUCUUGCCUCGUUCACGGUGAUGAUUGCCCAGCAGAUGUGCGGAAUCAACAUCAUCGCAUUUUACUCCUCGACCAUCUUCGCCAACUCGGGCUUUAACCCGUUCCAGGCCCUGUGGGCUUCGUGGGGCUUUGGUUUGAUCAACUUUCUGUUUGCCUUCCCUGCCAUUUGGACAAUCGAUACCUAUGGACGACGGACCUUACUUCUCUUUACUUUCCCUAACAUGGCCUGGUCCCUCUUGACUGCCGGGCUCUGUUCAUUGAUUAGCGAAAAGCUGACAGCCCAUCUGGCGCUGGUGGCAAUGUUCGUUUACAUCUUCGCUAUCUUCUACUCACCCGGAGAAGGCCCAGUUCCAUUUGCAUACUCGGCUGAAGUAUUCCCCUUGUCGCACCGUGAGAUUGGAAUGGGUUGGGCGGUCGCCACUUGUCUCUUCUGGGCUGCUGUCCUCUCUAUCUUCCUUCCUCUGAUGCUGAACACUAUGCAGACUGUUGGUGUGUUCGGGUUCUAUGCUGGUACGAACGUGGUUGCUUUGGUCAUGAUCUUCUUCUGGGUUCCCGAGACCAAACAACGCACUCUGGAGGAGCUUGAUUACAUUUUCGCCGUUCCUACUCGCACCCACAUGCGGUACCAAAUGACCCAGGCGCUGCCUUAUUUCAUUAACCGCUGGAUUUUCCGUCGCCGCGAUGCUGUUCUCGAGCCACUUUAUCAUUUGGAUAAGGUCCAAGCACGCGACGAUUUGGACACUGACGAGGUUCUCGCGAAUAAGAACCUUGACCUUUCGGUAGGAAAUGAGAUUAGCACCGUCACUGGUGAGGUGGUUGAUGAUAAGAGGGUUGAGUAA